AUUACAAAACUUCUUCACAACCAUCACUAUGCUCUCACUUUAGCCUUCUUCAAUGGCAAAACCAAACCUUCAUUUGCUAUCAUUUUUCUUCUUAUUCUUCUUCCUCAGCACCUUACUAGGCUUGUUCCAAUGCACAUUAUCACUGAUCAAUCCAGGGUAUGUGCCCAACUGGCUUUCUUCUGAAGAAGCUGAAGAUGUCAACAUGGUGCAAACUUAUAGUGAUUCAUGGAAGAAAUGUGACUUAUCAGUUGGAAAAUGGGUUUUUGAUGAAUCUUACCCUCUUUACGAUUCCAACUGUCCUUAUCUCACCACUGCAGUUACUUGUCAAAAGAAUGGACGGCCAGAUUCAGAUUAUGAGAAAUGGAAGUGGAAGCCAUCUGGUUGCUCCAUCCCAAGGUUUGAUGCACUGAAGUUUCUUGGUAAAAUGAGGGGAAAGAGAAUAAUGUUGGUGGGUGAUUCUAUAAUGAGAAACCAAUGGGAAUCCCUUGUAUGUUUAGUUCAGGGAGUUAUUCCAACUGACAAGAAGAGGGUGACAUAUAAUGGUCCUUUAAUGUCCUUCAAUGCUAUGGAUUUUGAGACAUCAAUUGAGUUCUUUUGGGCACCACUAUUAGUGGAGCUGAAGAAAGGGUCUAAUAAUAAGAGAAUUCUACAUUUGGAUUUGAUUGAAGAGAAUGCAAUGUAUUGGAAAGGAGUUGAUAUUCUUGUGUUUGAUUCAGCUCAUUGGUGGACUCACUCUGGUCAAACAAGCUCGUGGGAUUAUUACAUGGAGGGAAAUAGUAUCAUCACAAACAUGAAUCCAAUGGUUGCUUACGAGAAAGGACUCAGUACAUGGGCAAGAUGGGUGGAUCUAAAUUUGGACCCUCGAAAAACCCGAGUCGUUUUUAGAAGCAUGUCACCUAGACAUAACAGACAAAAUGGUUGGAAAUGUUACAAUCAAAGACAGCCUAUACAAUUUUUCAGCCACUUACAUGUUCCUGAACCACUCGUUGUGCUAAAAGGAGUGGUGAAGAGAAUGAGAUUUCCAGUAUAUCUACAAGAUAUUACAACAAUGACAGCUUUUAGAAGAGAUGGACAUCCUUCAGUGUAUAGUAAGGCAAUAAGUGAAGAAGAAAGACAGAAACAAGGUACUGGAAUUUCCUCUGAUUGCAGCCAUUGGUGCCUUCCUGGUGUGCCUGAUAUUUGGAAUGAGAUGUUGAAUGCAUGGCUUUAACUAUGACUGAAAAAUGGAAUGGAUUUUAUGGAGAAAAAUGUAAGAACAUGGUUGUUUUGAUUUUUAAUUAUCUGAGUUUAUUUUUAUUAUCUAGAGUCUUUUAUUUAUGGUUACUCCUGCAAGAACAUGGUUGUUUAAGGUGUCUUUUUUGUUAUUAAUGUUAUAUGAUCAAUAACACUAUGCUUGCAUUUGUCA